CACGCUGCAGCCCUUGGGAAGCGAUUCGGGAGCAUCGCUGCCUCGAUCCGCUUCUUCCAGCCAGGAUGAUGAAGAUGCUUAGAAGAGUUCCCGAAGUAACCAACCUGCAACAGCACAAACCCCACAGACAAAGCGUUGUUUAGGGAGGUGAUCCCCUUGGUAAAGUUGGGAAGACCUCCUCCCUGCUCCUCUUCCCAUUUUGAAGCCCGGUAUAAGCAGCCAGGGCCACUGGCGUGUGGACAGGAUCGGAAGCAGAUGGAUCCCCCCAGCAGCAGCUGCAUGCGCAGCCCCCAGCCUCCUGCCCCGCUCUGGGGGUGCCUGCGGAGCACCCCCACGGAUGUCCCCGCAGCGCCGGGGCUGAACCACUACCCGCCGGCACCGUUCUCCUUCCAUCAAAAAUCAGACUUUGCUACUUACUCCGAUUUCUCCCCCUCCUGCCUGCUGACCGCUCUCCACAGCUUCCCGCAGGAGGAGCGGGCGUUGGGGGAGCAGCACCCCUCUUUCCAACACCCCGACUGGCAUUUUGCAGCAACCGAGGCCAGGAGACGCCUAAAUCCAGGACUGGCCUUGGGUUCUGGGGAGGCAGAAGGCAGCAGCCCCAAUCUAGUGAGCGCGGUGGUGGGUAUGGAUGAAGAUGAUGAGGUGCCCAUAAACGCUACGAAUGGGACUGAGAAAAAGUCAUCCAAAAGGAAAAAGGAAAACUCAGAAAACCAGAACACGAGCAACAAGGCAGAAACAAGCAGCAAAUCCCGGAAGGAAAGGACAGCUUUCACAAAGGAGCAGCUACGGGAGCUGGAAGCUGAAUUUGCCCACCAUAACUACUUGACAAGGCUCAGGAGAUACGAGAUAGCUGUGAACCUGGAUCUCACCGAGAGACAAGUCAAAGUAUGGUUUCAAAACAGAAGAAUGAAGUGGAAACGCGUUAAAGGUGGGCAGCCAGUGUCCCCACACGAACAAGACACAGAAGACGUGGACUCUGCUGCCUCUCCCAGCUCUGACUAGUCUUUACAGCAAUGGGAGAGGAGCACGGAGCAAGCAGAUGAUCAGAAAGUGGGUGCAACACUGCUCGGGGUCAGCCACCCCACGAGAUGAUCCUGCCUGCGAAGCCCAUAGCCCUGAGCCUUUAGAAGGUGCCUGAUGCUCUGGGUUAACGAGGCAAUUGAGGAACGCAAGGGGAAUAAAGCCAAAGGAGGGCACGAUUUUGAUUUUUAUCUGAAUGAAUUUAACUCUCUCUGGAAUUGCCUUACUACCACAGAUGUGUCUUUAGAAAAAAGAAAACCUGAAAAUAAAGCAAGAGUAAUGUUGUCCAGGCUCUCAAACAUCAGAGAAUGCAGGCUGUCAGUCAGUUUUUGCAACAGUAUUUGCAUCCAGCCUUUCCCCGGCCACAUCUAUUCG